UACUGCUUGGACUCGAACGCAGAAAAUACCACAAGUAAAAACCUGAACAUGAGUCAGAACCUAUGACUCGGUUUAAACAACCCGGAAGUGUUCAGAGACUGGACGGUCUCUGUGUUUUAAAAGCUCUUUGGCUUGUUGUUAACGCACCAAUCAGCGUCCAGGCUGAAACGUCAUGUGAUGAGAAACGGCCGUGACUUUGGAUGUCAGGAAAUCAGUUCGGGACUGGAGACAAAACUCAACACAGAAAACAAGGUGUAGAAGGUCACCACCAUGUCUGGAUCAAGGGACCCAAAUUUACUGGCCCAGACGAUUGGCUCAAACAUCCAGACCAUAACACAGCAGACAUCUGAAAUCCAGAGGAUAGUGAACCAAUUUGGAACAGACAGAGACACGCCGGAUCUCCGACAGCGACUGCAGCAGAAACAGCAGUAUGCAAACCAGCUCGCUAAAGAAACAGAUAAAUGCUUGAAGGAGUACAGCUCAUUACCCGUCGCUCAAGAUCAGCGUCAGAGGAAGAUUCAGCGAGAGCGUUUGGUCAAUGAUUUCUCCAAUGCGCUAGCACUUCUACAGAAAACCCAGAGACAAGCUGCCCAGAAAGAGAAGGAGUUUGUGGCCAGAGUUCGUGCGAGUUCAAGAGUUUCGAGUGGUUUUGCUGAUGAGCCGUUUGCAGGAAUCGCUUCACCUUUUGAGAGUGAGACCCAGGCUCAGACCCAAAGCUAUGACGACGGCAUCACUGAGGAGGAUUUGCAUCUCAUUCAGGAGAGAGAAACGGCCAUCAGACAGCUAGAGUCAGACAUCACAGACAUCAAUGAGAUCUUCAAAGAUCUGGCCGUCAUGGUGCACGAGCAGGGCGAUAUGAUCGACAGCAUAGAGGCCAAUGUAGAAAGUGCUGAAGUACACGUGCAGUCUGCAACACAGCAGCUUGCAAGUGCUGCAAAUUACCAGCAAAAGUCUCGUAAGAAGAUCUGCAUCCUUAUUGUAGUCCUGGCCGUGCUGAUUGUAAUCGUGUCCCUCAUCAUCUGGGCAUCAGUUAAUAAAUAAAACUUCUAAAUUAACCUGAAAAGUCAGAGAUGACCACUGAAAAUUCAAACAAAUUCCUGGUCGUUUGCUGUUAUUUCUGUGAUGUAAAAGGUUGGCGUGAGUAAAAAUAUUUUUUGCAAGCAUGAAAAACUAGCUUUUGAUGUCAUCAUGACAUCACGCUAUACAAAUAUAUAUAUAAAUGACAUUUUCUAAACAAUGUUGAUGUUUGAAUCUCCAGAUCUUUACUAUUUUAACUUAUGCAGCAUAAAUGGUAUCAUAAAUAAAUCUUGUUCCUAUUAUUCUGGAAUGCCAACUACUUUUCAAAAAUAACGCCAUCUGACGCUCCCAUACGUGAUAUUAAAAAUUAUGAACUAACUUGGAAUGAAAGCUAGCAUGUGUCACCCGAUAACACCAUGUCAUGUAGCUUAGUGGAUACACUAGCUUUAUUUGAUUUAAUCCGAAAAAUACUGAUUUAUUUAAUCAUUUCAAGGCUUUACUUUGUGGUGGUGGUGUUACUAAAAAAUAACACACGCUAGCAUUUUUACUCAUUCAACAUUGUUCUAGCUUUCCUGCUUUGAUAUUAACUUAACAGGUAUCUUAUUGUAGGAAACUGAGAGACUAUAUCUGAUUAACACUAUUAUCAAAUGAGUAGUUUAACUUCUUAGAAUUAUUAUUAUUUAACAGAAUUUGAAUGACUAGCAUUCGCUAGGAGAUUCAUGCUAGGAUACUUGCGUCGCUUUGUGCCAAUUGCUGAUCGCUAAAAAAAGAUUCUGCUGUUCUUUCUUUAAUUGAAAUUUACCUUUCAUCCUAAUUUCAUAAAUAUUUGAUGCUAUGACUAACGCUCAUUAUAAGCAGUAUGAACAAAUAAUAACAACAAUACUUAAAUGCAUUGAUAACUUCAAGGAUUUUUUUUUACCCAGCCACAUAAUUACUUUAGAAAGUCCUUCAACUUUUUUAAACUUUUACAGAUAAAUGAAUAUCGGAAUCAAUAUUUAAAAAAUAUCUACUAAAUAUGAAGUACAAAAAAGUAAAUGGGUAAUUUAGCAAUGUAUUUUGAUAGCAUUGAAAUUUUGACUGUUUUUUUUUUUUUAAGAAGUAAACACUCAUGCAUUCCAUUUAGUUAAAAUGUAAAUAUGCAGCUUUUUAAAGUCAAACAUCAUGUGCCAUUUUAAACCUAUUUUCACACAAUAUUAUUAUUUAUUCAAUUGAAAGGUUUUAGAAAUGGUCAGUUAUAUUUUCAUCGGAAAUUGAAUCCUUUCUUAUCGGGGUUCAUCUUCUUGCCAAAUAAAGUCGGUUCAGUCGUAAAACUCAAUGAAGCGUAUUGUAUUAUGACAUCAUUUAAAACAAUGCUGCCACUUAUUCCUUUGCACAUUCUGUAAACAACUAAAAUUUUUUGAGUUACUGUUUUAUAAAGAUAUAUUUCAUUCAAGUUAUCUAGUAUAUAACAUUUAAAACACAGUCUUUAACUUACUUAAUUACUUUGAAUCAUUUGAACGUCAUGUAAAUGAAGUGAAUAGAUUGCAAAUGAAUCAUUAAUAAAUACUUUCUGUUUUUUUUUUUAAUACAGACUUUCUUUUUCAUGAUUUGUACAAUAAAUCGAUUUAAAGCAAA